AGCGCCCACCCGUGGUUUUUGGAAGCCGACCGCUCCACCCGUGAGCAAAGUCGCGAAUUCGAACUCGAAUUCAUCGAGCCGCCAUGUCGGUGGAGAACAUCCAUGUGGCGAUCCGCAUUCGGCCCAUGAGCGAAUCGGAGGACCAGGUCUCCCGGUGCGCGGUGUGCGUGCCUACGGCCCAGCCGACCGUGGUGGUGCAGGCGUCGGACGGGCAGAUCAAGAGCUUCACCUAUGACCACUGCUUCAGCUCGCUGGAGGUCAGCAAUGACCAGGGCACUCAAGAGAAGGUCUACAGCGAGAUAGGCGCCGAUCUGGUGACCUCCGCGCUAGAGGGCUACAACUGCUGCCUGUUCGCCUAUGGGCAGACGGGCGCCGGCAAGAGCCACACCAUGAUGGGCUACGGCGACCAGCCCGGGGUCAUUCCCCGCGCGGUGGAGGACCUCUUCGAGCAGAAGGCUCGGGUGGCCCGGGACGGGGACGAGCUGCGGGUCUGGGCCUCCUUUGUGGAGAUCUACAACGAGACGCUUCGGGACUUGUUGGAGCCUUCGAGCUUGGUGAAGGACCAGCAGAGCACCCUGAGGAUCAUGGACCACCCGGCGCUGGGUGUCAUCAUCCCCGGCCUUGUGGAGGCCGCGUGCCAGACCGCCCUGGAGGUCAGGAAGCUCAUCAAGUUCGGGCUCAAGAAGCGGGUCACCUCCGCGACCAUCAUGAACAACACCUCCUCCCGCAGCCACGCCGUCUUCAUUCUGAAGGUGCAGCGCUUGCCGCGGGGGGAGCGCUCGGAGGCGCUGAACGCGCGGAUGAACCUGGUGGACCUGGCAGGCUCCGAGCGGCACAAGCACAUGGACAGCCAGGGUGCCACCUUCAAAGAAGGCUGCGCCAUCAACCAGAGCCUCUCAGCCCUUGCCCUCGUCAUCAAGGAGCUCGGGGAGCAGCAGGCGAGAUCCUUCAACAGGCAACGGACGCGCACCUUCAGCGGCCCCCUCUCCUUGGGCCCGGCGAACGGGAGCCCGGUGCCGGAGUCCAACAAGGAGGCGGUGCCCUUCCGCGCCUCGAAGCUCACCUUUCUGCUGCGGGACUCCUUGGCCGGGAACAGCCGCAGCCGCAUGGUCGCGGCCAUCUCGCCGGCGGCGAUCAACGUGGACGAGACCAUCAGCACCCUGCGCUUCGCCUCCUCGGUGAAGCAGGUGAAGACAAACGCCUCGGUGAACGUGGACCAGAAGACGGGGGUGGUACAACACUUGCAGGCGGAGGUGCGGCGCUUGAAGGCGCUGCUGGCGGCACGGGGCGUGGAGGUGAACGCGCUGGGCGCCGGCUCGGUGCAAGAGGAGAUCGCGGACCGGGAGCGAGUGCUGAAGACGCUACGCCAGUCCUAUACCGUGCAGCUGGAGGAGGCGCAGCUUUUGGCCUCCGCGCGGCAAGAAGCGCUGAACCAACAGGGCCUCAGCAGCGAGGAUGUGGACGAGGUCUUUGGGCUGGAGAAGAACACACCUCAUCUGCUCAACAUGAGCGAUGACCCGGUGCUGUCCGGGUGCUUGGUGUACUUCCUCCCCAAGGGCCAAGUCACAAAGAUGGGCAGCCACCCGGACAACGACAUCGUCAUCAAGGGUCUGGGCAUCAACGACUUUUUGUGCUCCUUUGAGAACCCGGACCAGCGACAGGUCUAUAUUCGCCAGGCCUCCGCCGCCACGGGGGAGAAAGCGAGAGUGCUGGUGAACGGGCAGGCCAUGAAGCGCGGGGAGCGGCGGCAGCUGCAGCACUUCGACCGCCUCAUCCUGGGCCGCGCCUGGAUGAUGAAGCUCGUGGUGCCCCUGGAGCACCAGGAGCUGGCGGCGAACAAGUCCCCGGACGAGGAGAACUCCGAGAACUCCUCGGACUCUGAGGCACCGGUGGUGAAGAAGCGCAGUUUGUUGAAGCACGACACCAUGAAGCUGAUCAUCACCGACGAGAGCGAAGCCUGGAGCGAGCUGCGGCUUUACCUGGGAGACCUCUGGGAACGACUCGGGGAGGAGCGGGGGAACCAGUUCUUCUACAACCUCUCCAAGGCGGCCCAGCUGGUGGACGAGGCCAACGAUAUCACCAAGGAGCUGCGGCCCGAGGACCGCCUCAAGUUCGAGGUGGAGCUGGUCUGGGACAUCCACCGCCACGUGUCAGACAUCAUCAUCAUCCGCAUCACCCAGUGGAGUGCCACCAUGGAGGCCUCGGUGCUCUCUUACUGGACGGUCGACAGCUUCAAACGGCGUCUUGAGAGCAUGCGCGACUGCUACGACUCCUGGUGCAGCCAGGGCUUGUGGACGGGCAAGGGCGAUCCCCUGGAGGAUCCUUGGCUGGACCCCUCCACCGUGGAACUGACCCUGCAGAUGCACAAGUCCGUGGAAGAACAACUGCGCCGCGAGGAGAUGCGGCACAGCCUGGGCUCCAAGCUGGAGGAGCUCCGGCACGGCGGCAUAGGGGAGUCCCCGGUGAGCGGCCCACGGUCCCGGCGGGAGUCCCCCACGGUGUCGCGGCAGAGCUCCAAGCGCCUCAACGAGCGCAUGAGCACUGCCGGAAGCUCGCGGCAGAGCUCCAAGCGCUUGGCGCCCUCAGGCAAGAGCUCCCUCGCAGGCCGUGCCGAGGGCAGCAUGCUGGGCAAGAUCGCAGGCGGCGACUCAGAGCAGGGCUCGCGGGCCGGCAGCAAGGCCUCCUGCGAGCCACCCAACUCAGCCCGUGAACGUGUUGUCCUCGGCGACGGCCCGCCCAGCGCCCGCGACAGCUUGAGGAAGCCGAAGGCGGAGGACGAAUUGCUGGCGAGAUUGCGGCAGCAGCUGAAGGACAAGGCGGACGUGGAAGCCGCGUACAAGUCCAAGAUCGAGGCCUUGCAGCGGGAGCUGGAGGAGCUCCAAAAGCAGCACGGCCCGCUGCAGAACUUCAUCAGCGGGGUGGCCACGGACGGCGCGCCGACGAGGCGGCUGUCCACCUGCCCUAUCGCUAUCAGCUGCAGCGGAGGCGGGCAGAGCGGCGUCCGCGUCCACGGCCUCGCGCUGAGCGGCGUCGCGUCGCCCCGCGGCGUGGAGCCCCUGGCGCGGCAGGCGCGGCAGGUGAUGCCCGUGCCCACAGGCACCUCCACAGCACCGCCCAGUCCGCCAGUGCCCACGCGCAUGCCGACACCGGUCUCGGGGUAUCACACCAUGCCGCUGCCCUUGGGAGGCACGUGGAGCCCCCGUGCCUGAGCGCCGAACCGAGCGCCCGAGCGCCCGCGCAGCCGAAGCGAAAACUGCUCGGAGCGGUUCGCUCAAAGCGGUUGACCUGGGGAAUGGCGGCAUGGAGAAGGUUUUUGUUUGGUUUGUUUGGUUUGUUUGGUUUGUUUGGUUUGUUUGGUUUGUUUGGUUUGUUUGGUUUGUUUGGUUUGU